AUGAAGAAAAAGAAUACACAGAGCCAUCAUGGCAAUGGUCAACUACAACAGACCAGCAACUCCUACGAUGUGUUUAGUGAUAUUGUUGAAGACCAGGGGGAGCAAGAGAAGAAAGAGAUGGAGCUACUAGUGAUUGGCAGUCGGCAUCCAACCACAUUUCCCAACAGUCCUCAGCCAAAUCACUCCUCACCCCACACCUUUAUUGAUGAUGUUAUCAGUAGCAUCCAGCCAUUACCAACAUCAUCUUCACCAGAAUUUCACCAAACAGGAAACAUCAGAGAGGAACGACCUGGAGCCUAUGCUAUGGCUGGGAUUAGACCGAUAUUUCGUGGCCCAAGAAGAAUUAGGCCAUUGACUGGAAGGAUUCCUGACGUGGAAGGACUGGGAUUGGAAUUGGUGCCUACAUCUCAAAAUGAAACUGAUGGGGAUGAUAGGCUUAUUUAUGCCGACCCAAUUGAUGACUCAGAAAAUGGGAUGAUUCCGACAGCAGAGCCAAUAACAACAAGGGCAAAAAGAUUAUGGAAGAAGAAACUAUUCUUAUUCCUCUCCCUGGAAACCGUGGUUGCCCAAGUGCUUGUUUUAUUUAUUCUUGGGGCAUUUCUUCUUGCUCGGAAACCAAGCAAUCAAACUCCGCCAGCAAAGCUGCAAAAUGGAGUGAUUCCAAUACAAGAAUAUCCAGGGACAACAGCUUCAAUCACACAAGCACCAAUAUUGCUAUGGGAAAGACUAAAUCUACCUGACUACACAAUCAGGGCAAUGGAAAAUCCUAGGUCACCACAGACCAAGGCAUAUCAAUGGCUAAGCAACAAUAUCAACAACUCCAACAAUACACAACAGCUCCCAGUAUGGAGACUAAAGCAAAGGUUUGCCUUGGCCACAUUUUAUUAUUCAACACGGGGGGACUAUUGGGUGAAAAAUCAAGGCUGGCUGGAUUGGGACUCCAAUGAAUGCAGCUGGGCACAAAUUCUUCUUUUCGACCCAAGCCCAGCAAGUAUUUGUGAUGACAAUGGGCAACUCCUUUCAUUACAAUAUUUUUAUGCCAACAACUUGGAUGGAACGAUGCCGCCAGAAAUAUCCCUGCUUUGUGACAGCUUGGAAACACUAAGAUUUGCUUGGAACCACCAGCUCAAAGGAAACAUACCAACAGAAAUUGGGCUGAUGACAAGGCUGACAGCCUUGGGGUUUAGCGCAACUCACUUGUCUGGAACACUAUCAACAGAAAUGGGCCAGCUACAAAGCUUGGAGGAACUAAUAAUCGCACACAGCAAGCUUGAUGGGACUUUACCAACUGAGCUGGGAAACCUAAGCAAGCUGGGAUCUCUGUUAACGGAAGGCGUGAACUUUUCUGGGUCAAUACCCACUGAGAUUCUUCAAUUGUCAAACCUGAAGACCUUGAUUUUCUCAGAGUGCCCUCUGUUGGAUACAUCGUCUUUCCUCCCUCAGGUAGUUUUAAACCUGCACAAUUUGGAGAUGCUGAGUCUUGACUCUCAGAAAACUGGGGAGUUCAAACCAAUCCCAUCUGAAAUUGGCAGGCUGACCAACCUGGCAAACCUGGUUUUGGACGACUUCCAAAUCAAUGGCACAAUUCCAAGUGAGAUGGGAUUGUUGACAAAGCUAAACUACUUGUACUUGGAAAGGAACUCCAUCACUGGCACGUUACCAGAAGAGUUAUCAAAGAUGUCACAGCUAAAGAAACUGCUCAUUAGCUCCAACCAUUUAGAAGGCAUACCGCUAGAACCAGAGCUGCUUCCCCAACUCACCCAGCUACAGCAGUUAUGUAUCAAUGACAACGUUUUCUCAGGCUCUAUUGCAACAGAAGUUGGUUUGUGGUCCAGCCUCAAGAUCCUUGAACUGCAAGAUACCAACCUAUCUGGGACCCUUCCCACGGAACUACUUUUGUUGGACAACUUGACGAGCUUGGUCUUGAUGAACACAUCUUUGACAGGCAGUAUCCCUGAUGGCUUGUGUGGUGUCAGACUCUUGCCACAUGAAAUGAAACGUUUUGGUGGGAAUUACUAUGCUGUUCCAACGACCAACCUGUCAGUCUGCUAUGGAACUAAUCUAUGCGGCUGUACCUGUGAGCAGUGCCCGAAAAAAUGA